AUGUAUGCUCAUAAUUUAUAUGAUGAUCUAUAUGGCAAUGUUUCGUUUGAUAACCACUGGUGUUAUAUACGUGCAUAUCUUCUUUAUGUUGGUCUAGCUACAUUGUAUCAUUCACAUUUAUUACAACCAAUUUUUCGUUUCUUUCGAGUAGUUUUCUAUAAAUCAAAACAAUUACAAACAAUACGAUUUAUGUUUCGAUUAGUUCUUAUUCAAUGGUUAAUGGAUUUUCUUUUAAUAUUACCUGUUUUAUUUUUACAUAACUUUGAUUAUACACCACAAUAUUACUAUUGUCAAACAUUAUAUAUAGAUAUAAAAAAAUUAUUAAUUUCUACUUUCAUUGUAUACUAUAUACCAAUGGUUGGUAUUGGAGCGAUUUAUUUUUAUAUUUUAUAUUAUAUGAAAAAGACUAAAAAUCAAUCAAUUUUACAAAAUCGCCAAGUAUCUAAUCAACGAGGUCUUGUUGUUCUUCAUCGCAUUAAUUUUUUAAUUGGAAUACUUUUUAUGGUUUCUUUUCCUGCGGCACUAACUACGCUAGAUCUCUAUCAACAUCAAAUCGGAGAUGUCGGAGCACAACAUCUAGCUGUUGGAUUACGAAAUAACACGACGAUCACUACAUUAGAUCUCCAAUCAAAUUCUAUCUGCAAUACAGGAGUACAACAUCUUGCUGAUGCAUUAAAACAUAACACGAAACUUACCACACUACAUCUACAAUAUAACCAAAUUGGAGAUGUUGGAGCACAACAUCUGUCUAGUGCAUUGAGAAAUAACAUGACACUUACCACACUAAAUCUACGAUGCAAUCAAAUUCGAAAUGUCGGAACACAACAUUUAGCUGAUGCAUUGAAAAAUAAUACGACACUUACCACAUUAGAUCUUCAAUACAACUGCAUCGGAGAUGUUGGAGCAAAACAUCUAGCUAAUGCAUUAAGAUAUAAUACGACACUUACCACAUUACAUCUCGUAGGUAAUCAAAUUGGGGAUAUUGGAACACAACAUCUCGCUCAUGCAUUACGCAAUAACGUGGCACUUCUUACUCUGACUAUCGAAUUCAAUAUAAUCGGAGAUAUCGGAGCACAACAUCUGGCUAAUGCAUUAAAAUAUAACACAGUAAUUCUUCUUCUCUCUUAUAUAUCUGUUGACUAA